GACACAUUUUGUGUUUUGGCAACACUCAUCGGAGAUUACCAAGCCAAUUCUAUCCGAGGGAUCUUAGCGAUAUUCCACAAUCAACUCGUUGCUAAACUGAUAGUAAAAAUUACGGCACGACAAUCCUUGUGGCUUCCAAUUGAAAACUUAUAUCAUCAUCCAAUGACGUCGACAUCGAAGUUUCUAYUGGUCGCUGUUGUGUGGAGCAGCUGUUUCACCUUCUCGUCGGGUUUCCAGGGACAUCUAAAUAUUCAUGGGCUAAAUGCAGGUAAAAGAACCACGACGACAUUGCACACUAUUCCAGAAUCRCUUGCCGAAGAGGGAACUUGGCAGGCCUAUCUGGACGAAGAUACUACCGGACUUAUUUAUUACUUCGAUACGUCGACAGGAGAGAGUCGAUGGGAGCCUCCGACCUCGACAUUUCCUGAGGUUCGUCUUCCACGAAGGAAACAGCGACUAGCUGAUAAUCUUCGUAGAGAAUACAGAAAGGAACGCAUCGAGGCGAUGGAAACUGAAGACGAAGGUGAGGGCAUUGUGGGCGGACUAUUUUCUGCUAUGACAUCCGUAUUGGAUCAAGAAGAGGCAGUCGUAGAAGAAACUGAAUCUGUCGAUGACUCGCAAACCGAGGAUGAGGAGGAAGAGCAACCUUCAGGGGGUUUCUUUGGAAACUUAUUUGGUGGCAACACAGCUGAUCAAGAUACGAUAGAGGAUACGGCAUCGGUAGAGGAAAUCACAGAAGAAGAAUCUGAGCAACCAACKGAGAAAAACUUUUUUAGUAGUAUUUUUGGUAGUGGCGGAUCGGCUUCCGCCGAAGUAGAAGAUACAGGGGUAAUCGAAGAUGAGCCAGCAGAACCAGAUGAAAAGAAAAGCGGAAUGUUUUCGGCUCCUUUCUUCAGCACGAGUUCUACGGAUCGUGCUCAAAAGGAAGUUCAGGAAAAGAUAAUCGAUGAUUCUCCCAAGCCCAUCAAAAUAGAAAUCGGGUCGCACAUUCUGCCUCAUCCCGCAAAGGUACGAUGGGGUGGAGAGGAUGCCACAUUUAUCAAGGGAAGAACAUUUGGUGUCUUUGAUGGUGUCUCGGGUGCCGAAAAGUUAGAUGGCGUUCCUCUUUAUUCCAGAACACUGGCGAGCGAAAUGAAAAGAAUGUGCGGGAUGAAUGGAGAGACGGUGCAAGACAUGACGGCAUACAUGUCUUCGGCAGCAUCAUAUGCCGACGGAGCGGCAACGGGAGCUUCUACCGCCGUAGUAGCUUCCAUUGGAGAGGAUGGCUUCCUACAGGCACUCAACGUCGGUGAUUCCGCCUGCAUGGUUGUUCGGGACGGCAAAGUUACGGCGAAAACGAGAGAGAUUUCUCACUACUGGGAAUGUCCCUAUCAACUAUCAGAAGACUCCCCCGAUCAACCUAAGGAUGGAACCAAGCUCAACGUUGAAUUGAUCCCUGGAGAUAUUGUACUAAUGGGAUCCGACGGAGUCUUUGACAACAUGAGUGAUGACCAACUCUUGGAACUCGUUGCGAAAUCUCCCUCAGUAAAGGCGACGACACUCGCGAAGAGGGUUUGCGAUGCGUCACGAAAAAUCUCAUUGGAUAAAACCGCUGUGACGCCSUAUUCAAAGCAAGCACAGCGACGUGGCGAUARGGACUAUCGAGAUGGACUAGGAGGGAAAGUUGACGACAUCAGCUGUAUUGUUGUUGCAUGCAAAUAAAAAUACUAUUCGAGACAAUAACGCUGAAKCAUUACUCUCCAUGAAUGGCCUUAUUGAUUGAUUGAGCAUAAUGCAACACAGCAGGAAUGGCUAAUGAAAAGCCAGUAAAACUAUCAGAAUCAU